AUGCAGAUCAAGCACUGCUUCUUCUGCUCCGCGCCCGUGUACCCGGGCCGGGGCAUCAUGUUUGUGCGCAACGACGCCAAGCAGCUCGUCUUUUGCAAGAGCAAGUGCCACAAGAACUUCAAGAUGAAGCGUAACCCGAGAAAGGUCCGGUGGACGAAGGCCUUCCGCAAGGCCGCCGGAAAGGAGAUGACUGUCGACUCGACGCUGGAGUUCGAGAAGCGAAGAAAUGUGCCGGUGCGGUACAACCGAGAGCUCGUGCAGAAGACGCUCGAGGCCAUGGACCGCAUCGCCGAGAUCAAGGCGCGGCGCGAGCGGGCCUUUUACCGGGCGAGGAUGGCGCGCGCCAGCGGUGGCUCCGUCUCCAAGGCGAGAAAGACGCGGGACCAGCGCGAGGUGGCACGGAGCAAGCACCUCGAGCCGGCCAUUCGUGCAGAGAGGCAGCAGCGCCUGGCAGAGGAGGCGAGGCGGCAGGACGUCAGGGUGCGCAUCAAGGCCAAGCAGCAGCGGGCCAAGAGGAGCGCGUUGGUGCCUGGGUCGGGCACAGGCAUGUGA